AUGAAUGCACGUAGUCCGGAUGAGAAUGCAGUUGUUUUUGUACGAUGGGACAGGCCUCGUUCUUACAACGGACGUUUAAUUGGCUAUACGGUUGAAUCAUGCGCUGUAAAUCCAGAUGGUACCAUGGAACAAAGAGGAGCUUGCCCUAUCAGACAAACAAAGCCGAACGAACGCUUCUUGAAGAUUACCAAUUUGGAAAAUGAUCGCAGAUACCGAUUCAUCGUCUAUGGGAGCACAAAUGCUGGUCGUGGCGAUCCAAAUUCGAAGGACAUCGUGACUUUGCCAGAAAGCAUGAAACUUUUUCGUAAACAAACAAAGCCGAACGAACGCUUCUUGAAGAUUACCAAUUUGGAAAGUGAUCGCAGAUACCGAUUCAUCGUCUAUGGGAGCACAAAUGCUGGUCGUGGCGAUCCAAAUUCCAAGGACAUCGUGACUUUGCCAGAAAGCAUGAAACUUUUUCGUAAGUCACUCUGA